GACCUCUGACAUUGCUUUUGCAACGAAUUUUGCAACGAACUCGAAUCGAAACAUAUUCGCAUCGAGCUUGGAGUCCCAUCCAUCAAAGAUCCUUGAGUUUCUUUUUUUCUGUACGGCGCGUGUAUAAUAUACAAUCUUUCAUAUUAACUAUAUACAUUUUUUUAUAUUUCUUUGCGAUUGUAAUUUUAAACUCGCUAAGAUAUUGGUAAUCGAGGGAACGAAAUCUAUUGUACACUCUUCGAGAGAAACGGUACUUGUAUAUUGGUAACAAUAUCAUGAAUACAAUUCGACUUUCUUCGAUAGAAUUUCAGUGUUAUCGUAUACGAAAUUCCUUGGCCGAGUUCUGAUUACGCCGCUGAAUAUGGACAUGGUAAGUCUCAAGAAGAUUAAGUUACCAACGUUUCUCGUGCUUCGUCCUGGGUACGACUUAUUUCAGGAAACUAUGGAAUUGUAUAAGAGAAUGCCUGUGAACGCGUACAGAGACGCUGGAUUAUAUCGUCACAAUGAAUUCUGUUCUAAUUGUGGACAAAACGAGCACGAGGACAUGAUACGCGGCAUCGCGAUGCAUAAAAGGAGAACGAGGAACUAUGAGAAGCAUUGUCCUUCGUGUCAUUGUCCGCCCGAGAGACGUAGAUUCUCUUCGCCCGGUAGACCAAGGCCUUCGGAAAAUGUCGAAGCUAUCAUAAAUCGAUGCGAACGCGUCUUCGCGGAUCCGAUCAACUCGGCUAUCAAGAAGUCGCAGAGCAGUCCUUUGUCACAGAAACUAUGCUGGUAUGAGUAUCAAACGGAUCCUCAUUCUCGUUGCCGUAGGAGACCGUCCCACCGUCAGCGAAGACUCGAGCAGGAUAAGUAUCUGUUCAGGACGAAGGGAGAUGCCGCGAACUCGGAACUGACAAACGAAGAUAUCGCGGCUUACUCUAAGUACGCGCGAACGGUUCCCGUCAAGAGUUCGCUGAAGAAACACAGUCAUUCUAGACAGACUGAGAGAUCGCCAGAUGAGCGAGAAUGUUCCGAAGCCGAGAGCGAGGUGUCGGUGAAGUAUACUCCGCGCAUUGUGCGUACAAGGAAGUCGCGUAUGCCGGAUCCUGGGUCGAGACCCCGUCACGUCGGUAUCGGAGACGGCGAGUACGUCGCAGAAGCGAGGAACGAGAGCGAUGUCGAGUCUCAGGAGAUGAGAAAACUUGUUUUGGGCCUCGAGAAUUUGGAGAGGCUGAAGCAAGGUGACGGCGAGGCGACGGUGACGAUGAUAAGCGAGGAUGACAAGAGGCUCGAGAAACAAAGACCCGACGUAGCGAGGACAAUGAAAUCGAGAAAAUUCGGGGAGGCUGCCUCCCGUUGCGUAACGAGCAAGUCAUCCACGCUGAUCGGUCAGUCAGUUAAUAGACCCACCAAGGAACUCGUACUCAACGGACCCGCACAUCUAACAAAGCUGGACCUCCAAGCUACGAGGACUCGUAUUUUGGAAUCGAUCGACCGUAUACUCGAUACCAAAGACGACACGAAAAACGACGCGCCGGUGCAGCAGGAACAGACGGAACAAGAAACAAUCGAGAAGAUAACUCACGAACUCCAGGAGAGCGGCUGGCAGUUAUUGAUCAACGAUUUGACGAAUUAUAAAGACUCGGCAGACACCAGCAGGCGAAUUGUUCGUCUGGAAUGUCUGAAUCAUAUUCGACAGCAACUCGAUAAACUCUACGCUCUCGAGUCGACUUUAGGCAAUUGUUCGUCUAAGCUGCAUCUGUCGAGCUACGAUAUGCCGUGCAACGAAGAACGUCAACAGUCACAGCAUCAAUUGGAGCAGAAAACUGUCGAGUCUUGAGCAUCCUAAAAGUCCGCAUGUAUUCCUUAAGUCUAUUUAAGCAUUAUCGUAAAUUUAAAAGAUCUACGAUGUGGUUAUGUGAAAACGACGUGAAGAAAAUUUUCUCUUAAAAAAUUACUUUUAAAAUCACGAUAGUCGAGGGAUAACAUGGAUUAGUCUAAUAAAAUUUAAUAAAAUAAAUAGAGUGAAUUCAAAGAGAACAUUCUCUGCAUGUAUAUAUAAUAUAUCUAUUUAAAAGAUACGUUUUCUACAUAUAUUAUAUUGAAGGCAUGUCUUCAAUAUCGCGUCUUCAUGGAUAUUUACGAAAUGUUUAGAAUGCUAAAAUAAUUGCAAAUGCGAACAUCAUUGCCCAUUAAAAGCGCAUAUCGCAAGAAUAUAUAUAAUAAAAAUGUCCACGCGCUUAUGUAAAUUAAUUUAAACGUAUGAAAUUUUAGAAAAACAAAUACACAUGCAAUUCGUAAAGA